AUGAGGAACGUCAGCUGGGAAGCGCAGACUAAUACGACUGGAUACUUUAAUUUUUGCGUACCACUCUACAUGUUAUUGGGAUUUUGCGAAGAUUACAAACGCAUUGUGAUUAACGCUCGUCACGAGUUGAUUUUAAUACGAUCGCGCAACGACAACAAUUGUCUGAUUGGAAAUUUGGCGUUGGAGCCUGUGAUUAACAUAUUCAAGAUACAAUGGCGAAUGCCACACGUUAUAUUGAACGAGGUCAACAAGCUGUCGAUGCUGCGCGCUUUGGAAAGCGGACGAUAUCUCAGCAUGGGUUUUCGCUCGUGGGAUCUGUACGAGUUUCCGCUAUUGCAGCGUACAACCAAACAUUCGUGGGCCAUUAAGACCGCGACUCAGCUGGAGAAACCGCGAUACGUUGUCUUCGCUCUGCAGACAGGUCGGAAAAAUGUCAUGUCUAAGGAUACGAAUCGAUUCGACGACUGCAAAUUGAACAACGUAAAAUUCUAUCUGAACUCGAAAUGUUAUCCGUAUGACUGA